CAUAUUUUAGCAUGAUAUACACUAAAUAUUUAUGACGCGUAAAGUGAAAGCUCCGCCUAUGUUGUAAAGGUAUCCAUAGUCAUGAAAAGCAAAUUACAGAAAAUCAGAAAAAGUGGCAAAGCUAUUAUCCAUAUAUCUAUGAUUCUCGUCGAAGUCAAACCCAUCUGUUAUAAACAUUAAAUUCCGAACCUUUUCGUCAUUGCCUUCCAUGAAUAGUAAAUCAGAUCUCUCUUCAAUACCCACCUUGUAAAUCACUUAUUCUCAUAAUAAUAAAACUCAAUUUCUGCGGUUUGAGUGGUGAAGAUGCAGGCGGCAGCGCUCGCCGGAGAUGAUCUAGCCAGGUCAAUGAGUUUUUCAUCUUCCAGUAGGAGGAGCUGGGCUUCCGCUAGUAUCAGGGAGGCUUUCUCGGCGGCACCAGGAGGUGGUGAUCAUGCUUUUGCCACAAGCGGGCGCCACGAACAAGACGAUGAAGAAGAACUCAAAUGGGCUGCAAUCGAGAGGCUCCCUACAUACGACAGAUUAAAGAAAGGAAUCUUGAAGCAAGUUCUUGAUAACGGACAAAUUGUUCAUCAAGAAAUCGAUAUCACAACUCUAGGACCUCAAGAUAAGAAACUGCUUAUAGAGAGCAUACUCAAAGUAGUGGAAGAAGAUAACGAAAAGUUUCUAAAUAGAGUUCGAGCUAGAACGGAUAGGGUCGGGAUUGAUAUUCCAAAGAUCCAAGUACGCUACAAGAACUUGUCGAUCGAAGGAGACAUUCAUGUCGGGUUCAGAGCUCUUCCUACUUUACUAAACGCCACCCUCAAUACCAUGGAGGGACUUCUUCGAUUCUUUAAGUUUGUUCCAUCGAAGAAAAAAGUGAUCAAAAUCUUAUGUGAUGUGAGUGGGAUUGUGAGGCCAUCAAGGAUGACGUUACUUCUUGGACCUCCUGGUUCUGGAAAGACAACAUUGCUGAGGGCACUUGCCGGAGUACUGGAUUCAGAUCUCAGAGUCGCCGGAGAAGUUACUUACUGUGGCCACCGGAUGUCGGAGUUUAUUCCUCAGAGGACUUGUGCGUAUAUUAGCCAACAUGACGUCCAUCAUGGUGAGAUGACAGUUAGGGAGACGUUUGAUUUUGCUGGGCGGUGUCUAGGUGUAGGAACCAGGUGCGACCUCCUCCAAGAACUUUCACGACGUGAGAAAGAUGAAGGGAUUAAACCAGACCCGGAAAUCGACGCCUUCAUGAAAGCGACAGCAGUAUCUGGUCAAGAAUCUAGUUUGGCCACAGAUUAUGUUUUAAAGAUUCUUGGAUUAGAUAUUUGUGCUGAUACCAUGGUAGGUGAUGAGAUGAGAAGAGGAAUCUCCGGUGGACAGAAAAAACGUGUCACUACCGGAGAGAUGUUGGUUGGGCCUGCAAAGGUGUUCUUCAUGGACGAAAUUUCAACUGGUUUAGACAGUUCAACAACUUUUCAAAUCGUCAAUUACAUGAAACAACUGGUUCACAUAAUGGAUGUAACCAUGAUCAUUUCCCUUCUUCAACCCGCACCCGAAACAUUUGAGCUAUUUGACGACAUCAUACUCCUCUCUGAAGGUCAAAUCGUCUACCAAGGCCCACGUGAAGACAUUCUUGAUUUCUUCUCAAGUGCAGGAUUCAAAUGCCCAGAAAGGAAAGGAGUUGCAGAUUUUUUGCAAGAAGUCACUUCAAGAAAAGACCAACAACAGUACUGGUUCAAAACAAACGAACCAUACCGUUACAUCUCCGUAUCUGAAUUCAGUCAGCUUUUCAGCCAGUUUGAAACCGGUGAGAGCCUUUUUGAUGAUCUUGCCAUUCCUUAUGACAAAACCCAAAUGCAUCCAGCUGCUUUGGUGACUAAGAAGUAUGGUAUUUCAAACAUGGAGCUCCUUAAAGCAAACUUAGCAAGAGAAUGGUUACUGAUGGAACGUAAUGCUUUCUUGUACAUAUUCAAGACGACUCAGAUUACUAUUAUGUCGGUUAUUACUUUCACGGUGUUCUUUAGAACCGAAAUGAAGAGUGGUAGCCUUGAAGAUGGUAGGAAGUUUUUUGGUGCUCUGUUCUUCAGUCUUCUGAAUGUAAUGUUUAAUGGGGUUGCUGAGCUGGCAACUACGGUUAUUAGGCUGCCUGUGUUCUUCAAACAGAGGGAUUCAUUAUUUUACCCUGCAUGGGCAUUUGCAAUACCCAUAUGGAUCAUGAAGAUUCCUAUAUCAAUCAUGGAGUCAGUAAUAUGGAUUGUUCUAACAUAUUACACUAUUGGGUUUGCUCCUUCUGCUAAAAGGUUUUUCCGGCAGCUUUUGGCUUAUAUUGGCCUACAUCAAAUGGCUUUGUCUCUUUUCCGUUUCAUUGCUGUACUUGGAAGAACACAAGUAGUUGCAAAUGCUCUUGCCACCUUUUCAUUGCUAUUGGUUUUUGUACUCGGUGGAUUCAUUGUUGCAAAAGAUGACAUUGACCCAUGGAUGAUAUGGGGAUAUUACAUUUCCCCAAUGAUGUAUGGACAAAAUGCUAUUGUGAUCAAUGAGUUUUUAGAUGAUAGAUGGAGCACUCCGAACCCUGAUCCACGAAUUAGUGAACCAACUGUUGGGAAGGUUCUUCUCAAGUCAAGGGGAAUGUUCACAACCGAUUAUAUGUUUUGGGUUUGUGUCAUUGCACUCUUUGGAUUUUCACUUCUAUUUAACCUCUUCUUUGUGUUAGCUCUGACAUAUUUGAACCCUCUUGGGGAUUCAAAAACUGUUGUUCUGGCAGAAGAUGAGCAGAAUCAGAAGCACCCACAAAUAGAAAUGGCAGGAAGAAACAUCGUUAAGAAGGGAAUGGUGCUCCCAUUUCAGCCACUCUCACUAGCAUUUAAUCAUGUCAAUUACUAUGUAGCCAUGCCUGCUGAAAUGAAACCACAAGGAAUCGAAGAGGAUCGUCUGCAACUGCUACAAGAUGUCAGUGGCACAUUCCGCCCAGGCAUUCUGACAGCUUUGGUGGGAAUCAGUGGGGCAGGAAAGACGACAUUGAUGGAUGUGUUAGCUGGGAGAAAGACUAGUGGGUAUAUUGAAGGAAGUAUCAGCAUCUCUGGUUACCCUAAAAAACAAGAAACAUUUGCUCGUGUCAGUGGAUACUGUGAACAAAACGACAUCCAUUCUCCCCAUGUCACUGUUUAUGAGUCCCUUGUGUACUCUGCCUGGUUACGCCUUGCUCCAGACAUAACCACGGAAACAAGCCAGAUGUUUGUGGAAGAAAUCAUGGAUUUGGUGGAACUGAACCCGUUAAGGAAUGCAAUCGUUGGGCUUCCAGGAGUAGAUGGUCUUUCAACUGAACAAAGAAAGAGGCUGACAAUAGCAGUAGAAUUGGUUGCAAAUCCAUCAAUCAUCUUCAUGGAUGAGCCCACAUCAGGCCUUGAUGCAAGAGCUGCUGCCAUUGUCAUGCGUACUGUUAGAAACACGGUUGACACCGGUCGAACAGUAGUAUGCACAAUCCACCAACCGAGUAUCGACAUUUUCGAGGCUUUUGACGAGCUAUUGUUGAUGAAAAGAGGCGGGCAGGUCACUUACACUGGACCUCUCGGGCACCAAUCUAACCACCUAAUAGAAUAUUUUGAAUCUAUUCCUGGAGUUAACAAAAUCAAAGAAGGUCAAAAUCCGGCCACAUGGAUGCUCGAAGUUAGUUCUUCAACAGUUGAAGCUCAACUUGGUGUUGAUUUUGCAGAUAUUUAUGUCAACUCUGAUCUUUAUAAGAGGAACCAAGAGCUCAUUAAGGUGCUCAGUACACCAGUAUCAGGGUCCCAUGACCUUUACUUCCCUACAAAGUACUCUCAAUCCUUUUGGACACAAUGCAUGGCUUGUUUAUGGAAACAACACUGGUCUUACUGGAGGCAUCCACAAUAUAAUGUUGUUCGGUUCUUCAUGACGACAGUGAUUGGCAUUCUCUUUGGAUUGAUUUUCUGGGACAAAGGCCAAAAAACUGACAAACAACAAGAUGUAAUGAAUCUGAUGGGAGCUAUGUAUGCGGCUGUACUUUUUCUUGGUGGGACAAACACUUCGGCUGUACAGUCUGUGGUGUCUAUAGAAAGAACGGUUUUCUAUCGUGAGAAAGCAGCAGGAAUGUAUUCAGCAAUCCCUUACGCAUUUGCUCAAGUUGCUAUCGAGGUGGUUUAUGUAGGCAUACAGACGAUCAUAUACAGUCUUCUGAUUUACUCCAUGAUUGGGUUCCAGUGGUCAGCAUACAAGUUUCUAUGGUUCUACUUUUACAUAUUCAUGUGCUUUGUCUAUUUUACAUUAUACGGGAUGAUGCUUGUAGCCCUCACUCCAAAUUAUCAGAUUGCAGCCAUUACGAUGUCGUUCUUCCUUAGUUUCUGGAACUUGUUUUCUGGUUUCAUGAUCUCCAGAACGCAAAUACCGAUCUGGUGGAGGUGGUAUUACUGGGGUUCACCGGUGUCGUGGACUUUAUACGGCCUGAUCACAUCUCAGCUUGGUCAAAACGAAAGCCUCCUAGAGGUGCUAGACGAGAAUUCUGUUACAGUUAAGGAAUUCAUUAAAGAAUUUCUAGGGUUUGAGUAUGAUUUUCUCGGAUACGUUGCUUUGGCUCAUGUUGGUUGGGUCGUUCUCUUUUGCGUUGUCUUUGCCUACGGCAUCAAGUUUCUGAACUUCCAACGAAGAUAAGGAAAUCAACGAAGAUGUAAAUGUGUUUAAUUAAUCAUAGAAAAUAUAAAUACUUUUUAUCAAACCUCAUAAAUCGCGCCUUAUGUAUAAUGCAAUUUAGAACAAUGGUGGUGUUGUUUGUAAUUUUGUUAAACCACAUAUUUUUUUCAUUAGAAAACUAUAUACCGUCCAAACCACAUUGCACCGCGUCAUAUGCUUGAUAUUGAAAUAUGUUAUAAUGACGACUUAAUUUGAAAGUAAGAAAGGAUAGA